AUGAGCAGCCCUGAUGGUGGAUACGCCAGUGACGAUCAGACCCAAGCCAAGUGCCCAGCGACAAUAAUGAUGCCGGGAUUGGGACAGCGACCCUGGACCGAGUCUGUCAAUGUCUUGGGAGAGGGCGAAGUGAAAGCGGAAUCUGCCAACAUGAGGAGCAAAGCGGAGUCUCGGAUCCGCCGACCCAUGAAUGCAUUUAUGGUCUGGGCCAAGGACGAGAGAAAGCGGCUGGCACAGCAGAACCCAGACCUUCACAACGCCGAGCUCAGCAAAAUGCUAGGGAAAGCAUGGAGGGCUUUCACUCCAAAUGAAAAACGUCAGUUUAUAGAAGAGGCAGAGAGACUGAGAGUGCAGCAUAUGCAAGACCACCCGAAUUAUAAAUAUAGACCAAGGAGAAGAAAACAGGUCAAAAGGAUGAAAAGAUCUGAAAAUGGAUUUAUGGGCAUAGCAGAACAGUCAGAGCAGACCAGUACUGAUGGGAGGAUGUGUUUGGACACUUUCAGUAUGGGCUAUAACCAAGACCAGUCCUAUUGCCACUCUCAGCUUCCACAGAGCACCAGUCACUAUAGAGACCACCACUACGACUACAGCUUGCCCACACCGGAAGCGUCACCUCUGGAUUUGGCUGAAGCUGACUCUUUGUCUUUCACAUCUUCUGCCCAAGAAGAGUGUCCCUUGCUGCCCUAUACUUACAAUAGCAACUGUUCCCAGCAGCAGAGUCCCUCCAGCCCAAUGGCUGACAGACAAUUGUCCCAGGCAGAACAGAUGGGCCAAGCGAGCGCAAUAAACAUGAUUGUGUACCAACAGCCCCCACAAAUGUAUUAUGGACAAUCAUAUGUAUCAAACAGGCAUCAAAUGGUACUGCCAGGGCACCCCUCACCACCCCCUGAGUCCAUACCCAGAGUGGAGCCUUCCAUGCACCACGUUGACACAUUGGGUGGUGUUGACAAAGCAGAGUUCAAUCAGUACCUGGGUUAUGUAACCAAGGCCGAAGUAGGGAUGCACUAUCAUAGCCAAGACCAGACUGUGUCCCAUACAGAGAAUGGCUUAAUAAGUUCUGUAUUGUCUGAUGCUAGCACUGCAAUGUAUUAUUGUAAUAACUACUCCAAUGCGUAAAACAUUGCUCCCUCCAUCCCUCUUUCAGACAAAUGCCUGUUUAAAUUUCCGAUGUUGGAAAAAGUCCUAUAACUAAUUUUCUAAGUCGUUUUAGACUUCAGUCUUUGAGUGUCGGUGGAGUGUGCA